ACAUACCCGGUCUCUGCAAUGUAGUGAGGGGAGCAGCUUCAAAAGCCAAAUUUUUUUUUUUUUUUUUUUUUUUGCUCUGCUGUUUGCAUGCACUUUCUCCAAGCGGUUCGCAGAAUACCCUCUGCGACCUGAACUAACUUUUUAAGCCCUCUGAGCCAUCACACCAAGUCUAGAUUAUAAAGACGACAGAUAGGCUGAAAAUAGAACCUUGUGCUGGAGCAAAUCCAAGACUUUGAAAAGCUGAGUAACUUUUUUUUGUGUCUAGAGACAGUGUUUGGUCUGAGGUACAGUUUAGGCUACUUGCACGGGUGUCUUGUGUGAAGGGGAGAAGCACAUUGCAGCUUCAGAGGAUGGCAGAACCCAAAAGGAGAUGAACAGAGGAGAGCAGCAGAGGUUUGUGUGCGGAACUUCAGAGCAGCAGAAACCUUUUGUCCUGAGGUCUCCCUGCACAGUUGGACCGGAGCUGACAAUGAAGAUGAGCAUGGAAUGCAGAUGGAUUGGUCAAGACAAGCUCCCGAUAUAGAGCUUCCUCUUUGGACUUACACCUGAAUGUGAUUGUCUCUGAUGGAUUACAGUGUUACCUAUGAGCUGCUGACAUGACUUCAGAAGCCAGUGAGACGUGGAAGCAUUCGCUUUCAGGAGAAAUCUGAGACCUGGAUGAGCUUAGCGAGCACUUUGAGAACAUUUCACACCAGUGAAGGAGACAGACCAUGGACUUGUUAUGGUGUGGUGUCGGACUGAUCGUGUGCUUUUAACCUGUUUGUAGCACCCUCUACCCCACCCCAUGUCACAUCCUUCCCUGAAUUAUGGAAAUUUUGUGGAAGACGCUGACUUGGACACUGAGCCUGGUGGUGAUGGCUGCUUCUGAAUUCCAAAGCAUCAAUAGGCUUUCACACAACUCUCAAGAGGAGUUCCUGUCCUACCUGCAGCACUAUCAGCUGACUGUCCCGGUACGGGUGGAUGAGAAUGGAGAGUUCUUGAGCUAUACUGUGAAACACCACCGGCCAGGCCGACGGAGACGGGGGGUGGUGGACCCCGUAAUGGGAUCGCUGCCUGCGUUAGACCCCCCAGAGUCUCGGCUGUUCUACAGACUGUCAGCCUAUGGAAAGCACUUUCACUUAAACCUGACACUCAACCCCCACUUGGUGUCAAAACAUUUUACAGUGGAGUAUUGGGGCAAAGAAGGGCUGGAGUGGCGUCAUAACAUGGUAGAUAACUGUCACUAUGUCGGAUUCUUGCAAAAUCAGCACAGCACGACUAGAGUGGCACUCAGCAACUGCAAGGGCCUGCAUGGCGUUAUUACAACAGAGGAAGAGCAGUAUUUAAUAGAGCCAUUAAAGAACAUAUCCUCCACAACCUCCAGUGAAUGGAACCUGGAAGAAGCACAGCAACAUGUUAUUUAUAAAAUGUCUGCCAUUCCCUCACCACAAGAGCAUAGCCAGGAGUUCAGCUGUGGCAUUUCAGACCUCAUUAAAAGCAGUGCACCUUGUCAGGUCAGCACACCUUCCCCGGUCCACUUGUCCCCUAUUCCACAAAAUGACAGUGAGCAGUCUAACAGUACCCACAGACAGAGGCGCUCCGUCAGCACUGAACGCUUUGUGGAGACUCUAGUGGUUGCUGAUAAGAUGAUGGUCGGUUACCAUGGACGCAAAGACAUUGAGCACUACAUCUUGUCUGUAAUGAAUAUUGUUGCCAAACUUUACCGUGAUGCCAGUCUAGGAAAUGUUGUGAACAUUAUUGUGACCCGGUUGAUUGUUCUGACUGAGGAUCAGCCUAAUCUGGAGAUUAACCAUCAUGCUGACAAGUCUUUGGAUAGUUUCUGUAAGUGGCAGAAGUCUAUCCUCUCCCAUCACAGUGAUGGUAACAGUAUCCCAGAGAACGGCAUGGCUCAUCAUGAUAAUGCUGUUCUGAUCACACGGUAUGACAUCUGCACCUACAAGAAUAAACCCUGCGGUACCUUAGGCUUGGCCUCGGUGGCUGGAAUGUGCGAGCCGGAGAGGAGUUGCAGCAUCAAUGAAGACAUCGGCCUCGGUUCUGCUUUCACUAUUGCGCACGAGAUUGGCCACAAUUUUGGGAUGAACCACGAUGGUAUUGGGAAUUCCUGCGGUACCAAAGGCCACGAGACAGCCAAGCUGAUGGCUGCCCAUAUAACCGCCAACACCAACCCAUUCUCCUGGUCUGCCUGCAGCAAAGACUACAUUACCAGCUUUCUCGACUCAGGUCGGGGGACGUGUCUGGACAAUGAACCUCUGAAACGAGACUUCCUGUACCCAACAGUGGCCCCGGGGCAGGUGUACGAUGCAGAUGAGCAGUGUCGCUUCCAGUAUGGAGCCUCUUCACGCCAGUGCAAGUAUGGGGAAGUGUGUAGAGAGCUCUGGUGCCUUAGCAAAAGCAACCGCUGUGUUACGAACAGUAUCCCUGCUGCAGAGGGGACUCUGUGCCAGACAGGCAGCAUUGAGAAAGGGUGGUGCUACCAGGGGGAGUGUGUUGCGUUCGGUACCUGGCCUCAGAGUGUGGACGGAGGCUGGGGGCCCUGGUCCAUAUGGGGGGAGUGCAGCAGGACCUGUGGGGGCGGUGUAUCCUCCUCCAUGAGGCACUGUGACAGCCCAGCCCCGUCAGGAGGAGGCAAGUACUGCCUGGGAGAGAGGAAGCGCUACAGAUCCUGCAACACCGACGCCUGUCCUGCAGGGUCUCGCGAUUUCCGAGAGAAGCAGUGCGCUGAUUUUGACAGCAUGCCUUUCCGAGGGAAGUAUUACAACUGGAAGCCUUACACUGGUGGUGGUGUGAAGCCCUGUGCACUCAACUGCUUGGCAGAAGGCUACAACUUCUACACUGAGCGCUCUCCUGCAGUGAUAGACGGCACCCGAUGUCAGGCUGACUCUCUGGACAUCUGCAUCAAUGGAGAGUGUAAGCACGUGGGCUGUGACAACAUCCUGAGCUCUGACGCUAAAGAAGAUCGCUGCCGAGUGUGUGGAGGGGACGGCAGCACCUGCGAGGCCACGGAGGGACUCUUCAAUGAGUCUUUACCCAGAGGAGGCUACAUGGAGGUAAUACAGAUCCCAAGAGGCUCAGUUCAUAUUGAAAUCAAAGAGAUCGCCAUUUCAAAGAAUUAUAUAGCUUUGAAGUCUGAGGGGGAUGAGUAUUACAUCAAUGGCGCGUGGACGAUUGACUGGCCCAGAAAGUUUGACAUCGCUGGGACGGCCUUCCACUACAAGAGACCCUCUGAUGAACCGGAGUCUUUAGAAGCACUCGGAGCGACCACUGAAAACCUGGUUGUCAUGGUGCUUCUUCAAGAGCAGAACCUGGGGAUACGCUACAAAUUUAAUGUGCCGAUCCAGCGCACAGGAAGUGGCGACAAUGAGGUGGGCUUCUCCUGGCACCACCUGCCGUGGUCUGAAUGCUCAGCCACCUGUGCUGGAGGUUCCCAGAAGCAGGAGGUGGUGUGUAAGAGGUUGGACGAUAACUCGGUGGUCCAAAACAGCUACUGUGACCCAGACAGCAAACCUCCAGAGAACCAGAGAGACUGCAACACAGAGCUGUGUCCUCCAGAAUGGUUUAUUGGCGACUGGUCUGAAUGUGGGAAGACCUGUGAUGGAGGGAUGAGGACGAGGACAGUCCUGUGUAUCAGGAAGAUCGGCCCAGCCGAGGAAGAGACACUGGAGGACACCCACUGUCUGACUCACCGACCCAUUGAACGAGAGUCUUGCAACAACCAGUCCUGUCCGCCAAAGUGGGUGACCCUGGAUUGGUCAGAGUGCACACCUAAAUGCGGCCCGGGUUACAAGAUUCGCAUCGCUUUGUGUAAAAGCAGCGACAUGACCAAGACCUUUCCGCCCGCCCACUGCCCGAGCAACAACAAACCUCUGGUCCGAAUGCGCUGCAGUUUGGGACGCUGUCCUCCUCCUCGCUGGAUCCCUGGUGAAUGGGGACAGUGCUCUGCGCAGUGCGGCCUGGGCCAGCAGAUGAGGACAGUCCAGUGUCUGUCUUACACCGGCCAGCCGUCUAAUGAGUGUGCAGAGUCCCUCCGACCCACCACCAUGCAGCAGUGUGAGAGCAAGUGUGACGCCACUCCCAUCUCCAAUGGUGAUGAAUGCAAAGAUGUAAACAAAGUGGCCUACUGCCCGCUAGUACUGAAGUUCAAGUUCUGCAGCCGUGCGUACUUCAGACAGAUGUGCUGCAAGACCUGCCAGGGGCACUGAGCCUUGGAGCACAAGAGUAAAACAUAACGAAAGAGUGAGAGACAACAAAGACGCAAGAAAGAUGGAGGGAGGCUGAUGCAGCACUGAAAGGGAGAGAAGAACAAAACAGGGCAAAUUGAAAAAACAAACUAACUCCAGACCCAGAAGAGGAUAGAAGAAGAGUUUGGGAAGAGAAGCAAGGAUUUCCCUGUUUUAUCACAUCUGAUCCUCCUGCCCUCCAUCAUGGUGGAAUUCAAACCACUGCUCAGCCACUAAUGCUGACACAAAUCUUUUCUUUUUUUUUUUUUUUUUUUUUAUUUCACUUCUGUGAAGUGGAACUUGGAAGAUUAUUUGUUGGUGAUGUUAUUAAUUUUAUUAUAAUAAUAAUUAUUAAUAUCAUUGUUAGUCUUCCUCCAUGUUUGUUGUUUAAUGAAUCCAAAGUGCUGGACACAUCGCUCACAGAGGAUGUACCACGGAGAUGGAGAGACAGACGAGAUGACUCCUCACUUGAGGAGGGGAGGCGGGAGUCGACAGCGACAACCUGUGUGUCGCGCUCCUGUCUUUUGAUUGUGAUGGUGCUUUUGGCAGGCAGGUGUUUUGGCUUCGGUGCACUUUUUGUGUAAAUACUUCGCCAAUUUAUCGCUCAAAUACCUACCAUAUGACAGAGAAACCCCAUCGGCGUACUGUAUAUUUAUUGUACCAUUCCAAACAGAGUUGAGACAUUUUCCUCUGACUAUGUCUUUUGUCACAUCGUAGCCUACUGUCAAGGAGGGGAAUGUAAUGUGACUAAAAAAAAUAUUCCGUGUCUCUGUGCUGGAAUGAAAAUAUUACAUACUGUAACAUACAUUAAACCCUUAUAUACUGUUAGGAUUUGUAUUGCAUAUGAUCAGAAAAUACCACAUGGUUAUUGGACAUUUUGUUUUUGCAGAAGGGUGCCUUAGUUCAGAAAAUUCCCCCAGCGUUGGUCAGCUCUGUCCAAAGUAGUAUGAAUAUAUGGUCAAAUGGUGCCUGGGCUGCAUGAAACACUGUUACACAACUGGCCUUUCCUAAACAUCCCACUGAGAGAGCGUUUGGUUCGCUAUUGAAGGAUUCAUUUUGAAGGACUCUAUGAAGCAACAAGCAAAGACAGUCAUGGUUUCAGUGCUGAUAAGUAAGGGGCCGGCACUAAAUAUAUACACACACACACACACACACACACACACACACUGCAUUCAUCAUGGAUAUGCUGCCAGACCACACAUAUCCAGGCUGCAGAACCCCCUCCCCUCCACUCCAGAUAAAGUUGUCCUCUUUCCCUCUUCUACUCCCCUUGCUGACAGAGAACAACAGUGAAAAACUCAAUGGUGCUUUUCCUGUCUUUGAUUUUUUUUAAAAUUCCCAUAAGUACUGUGCUUACCUCUCCUUUUCCUCCUGCUCUGCUCCAAGGGGUUACAGCCUUCCCAGGCUUCUGGUGCUACCAAGUGGGUGCUUCCAUUCAGCUCUUUCCAGUGCGCUUAGAAGUGAGGCUGGAUCCAAACAAUAUGAAAUCAUAUCCUCGUCAGUAUCUGUUACUAAAUGCUGGUCAUGUUAUUGUUUUGUUUGUGUUUAUACCUCACACUGGGAAUUUUUCAUUAACCGUUUAUUGUUGUUUAAAAGAAUACUCACCUGGUUGUACUCUGUCUUGUGAUGUCAUGUAAAAGAAAAAAAAGAAGACCCAUUUACCCAGAUGGCCUUCCUGCUGGUGUAGGGGUUGUGAAAGGGAACACCUAUAAAACGUCUCCAUCACACACUUGUUAUGGAGCUACAGUAAGGGUCCUUGAAAUCUAAGAGACAAUGUAAGGAGUGCGCAAGGAUCUCACCGGAGCUGUUAAUGACUAAUUUCUAAUUUGCUGCUGCUACUCUUUUGUAGCCACCUUCAGUAUGACAAUGGACAGAUAUCAAUGAGGCAAUUGGGAGGGAUGAUGGAUGCAGAGAAGCUUUUGAAAUCAGUUGAAAUAAAACUGCCUGCAGGAUUCAGAGCCUCCAGAAAAAGAAACGAAGUGAAAUCAAUCAAACUGGUACUCAUUGCUGUGAACUUGGAUGUUUGAAUGUCACAUUGCUUAUACCUAAAGUGCAAGAGAAAUGAAAAGCAUCAUGUGAUUAGUUGCGUAUAUUUUAUAUUCAGUAUUAAUGUUGGUACACUGUUACUAAUUUUUUUUUUUCAAAUGUAAAUUAUAUUCUAAUUUAUUGCAUUGUCCCACCUGUACAUUUAUUUCACUGCAUGCAAACUGAAAUUUAGCAUAGUGAAAAAAAUGCAGUGAUACAGCCCUUCACCAACAUUUUUUAAGUAGAUACAAUAAAA